GGCAUCAGUCCAUUAUCCCGCGGUUUUCUUCAUCCCUUCUCGGACUGAUUUCGUUUGAAAGCGCCCAAACCUAGCGAUCGGAAGCAGCUGAUUCGACGGACCAGAAAUGGCUCAGGCGGCGAGGCUCAGCCUGAGAAUGCACAAGGAGCUCAAGCUCCUUCUCACCGACCCGCCUCCGGGCGCCCUCUUUCCUCUUCUCUCCGCCGACUCCGAUCUCUCUUCCGCCGCAUCUUUCUCCGCCAUUGACGCCCAGAUUGAAGGUCCCGAAGGAACUGUUUAUGCGAAGGGGAUUUUCAAGAUUAAGAUUCAGAUACCCGAAAGGUACCCCUUUCAGCCUCCAAUUGUGACCUUUGCAACACCAAUCUAUCACCCGAAUAUCGACUCUGGAGGCCGGAUUUGUCUCGACAUUCUCAACCUUCCUCCUAAGGGUGCAUGGCAACCAUCUUUGAACAUUUCGACUGUGUUGAUGAGCAUUGGAUUGUUACUUAGUGAACCAAACCCUGAAGAUGGCCUAAUGUGUGAAGCAAGCAGGGAGUACAAAUAUAACAGACAGGCCUUUGAUCAGAAGGCACGAUCAAUGACAGAGAAAUAUGCCAGGGCUGGAGUAAGUGGGCAUGAUAGUACUGGUGAAUGCUUUCAAGCUCGAUCAGAUGAAAGGAUGAUGGAAACUAAUGGGUCGGAUCCCAUGAAGACUGAACUUGAUGAGUGCUCUCUAAGUCAUAAAAAGCUAUAUGGGAUCAACCGAAAGUUGUCCUUGGAGUCUUCUGGGUUAUUUCGUGAGAAGGAACCAGAAGAAAGAGUCAGUGGAGCACCUAUUCAUCAUCUAGGGCACAACCGAAAAGAAGAUAAAAGGCCAGAAGAAGAGUCCAAACUGAGCUUGGAUGAGUACUUUCAGAAUCAUGAGAACCGAAGGUGGACAAAACGGAAAUUAUCACUUGAAUCCUUGGGUCCUCUGGAGACAAGAUAUGAUGCUGAGGAGAAUUUGGUGCCUACCCACCAGACAUCCUUGUUUAACUACCCGGAUAUUGUCAUGACGCCUACGGAGUGCUCUAGAGUCUCGGCUGAUAGUCACCACAAUGAGAAACAACCUCGUCAUGAUGGUGAUAGUAAAUCAAUAAAUGAUAAUGUGAAUAGUAGUUGGUCUUCAAGCUGGAAUGGCCAGAGUCUUUCACUAAAAUCUGGUAAGUCCGUCCAAAUAAGUGAUAAUAUUAAAGUGAAACUACAUUCCAUGCCUCAACUAUUCACUUCCCAGUCCAAUGCUACUGUCUCAAAUGGGACCUACCUACAACCUAUGACUAGCCACACUCAAGAACAACCCAAAAGAGAUUGGACUCACAGAACCGGGUCUGAGUUCAACAAUAAUGCAAAAUGCAAGAAGCAAGGUCUGACAGGCAAGAAGUUGUCUUGUGGGCUUUUAGGCGCUUCCCAAGGUCAAGAAAAUGAUAAAAAAGAAAAUGUGGCUCCAACCCCCAAUAGACUUUCUUCAGAAUCAACCACGUUACCGUUGACACCACAGGUUGGCGAGCAUUAUGGUGAUGUGACAAAUGAUUGUAGCACGAAGGCUAGUAAGAACAAUGGCGGGAUUGCUGACAAGCUUCCACCCUAUUCUCCAAGUUAUUUGCUAGGGAGCAAUAACUGCACUGUUUGUCCAAACCCUGAUUCCCUGCCUGCAAUGAAUGAUUGCAAAAUUGACGAAAAUCAGCAGCUUAUGCGAUAUGAUGAUGAGAAAUUUGCCAGAGUGAUCAAAGAACAGGAGGCAAGGCCACCAUUAUCUGAAGCUGUGAUUGUUUUGGACAGUGAGGAUAGUGAUGAAGAAAACGAUGGAUGUUUAAGGUCUAGAUUGAUGCUUGGGCGUAAACGCUUUCCAGGGAAGUGGAAAGCCAGAGCUUGAAAGUCAAAAAUCCCCAGUUCAGGUGGAAGCACAGGGACCGCUUAUUGUUUUCAUCCAACGGUUUGCUCAUCAAUCUAUUCUCCUCUGAUUGUUGUAGCGACAAUUACAGGUGCUUUGUUGCUUGCGAGAGGGUACAUCACCUACUCAGUAAUUUGGGGUUCUGGUUACAGUGUUUCUUCUAGAUGUGUGGCUUCAAUUAACAAGUGAUGGAUAGAGGGUUGCAUCUGCAGCAGCUGGAUAAAAUCACUUCUGACAACAAACUUGUCCGUUGCUACUUCUAAGAUUGCUGUUAUGAUCUAUCUGUUGAUCAAACUCAUAGCCAGAUGGAUAUUAGCUUCUGAUCAGUUUAGGCACUCUUCUCCAACCAGGCAAGCUUCUUACUAGGGACAGACUGCACUUCUUGGGCAUGGAUAGAAGAUGUGGCCUUUGUGGUUUGUUUGAGGAGUCAUCCCAGCAUCUGUUCUUUCAUUGUCCAGUUAGUGCAGAGACUUGGGAUUGUAUUAGGGGCUGCUUUGGCAUUCUAAGAUCGAUGACUUCGCUGGCUAGUGGGUAUAAAUGCAUUAAAAAGGAGGCUCGUGAGUCUUCAUGGCUUAACAAGGCCAAGAGAAUCGCUUUCGCUUAUGCUGUUUACCACUUGUGGACAGCAAGGAACCCUCAUAUUUUUUAAAGUGAAGCUCCAUCUGUGGAGUCUAUUAUUUUCAGGGUCAAAAUAAAUGUAUAGCGAGUUAUCUUUUCUUUGUAUCCAUGUGUUUUAUCCCAUUUUGAGUCCCUAGCUAUGGGUCUUUAGAUGUUUCAUGUCUUUGUUGCGCCUGUCCAGUGUAUUUGUACAGUACUUUGAUCAUUUAUAUAUAUUUAC